UCGGCGCGGGCCCGCGAGAUGCCGGUGUUGGCGGCCCGAGCGGCUGCAGCUGCAGCGGCGGGGGAGGCGGCGGCAGAGGCGGCGGCGGGGCCCGGGAGGGGGGUGGCGUGGGGGACCGGCGCGUAGCCGGGACCAUGGAGGGGCAGAGCGGCCGCUGCAAGAUCGUGGUGGUGGGAGACGCAGAGUGCGGCAAGACGGCGCUGCUGCAGGUGUUCGCCAAGGACGCCUAUCCCGGGAGUUAUGUCCCCACCGUGUUUGAGAACUACACCGCGAGCUUUGAGAUCGACAAGCGCCGCAUUGAGCUCAACAUGUGGGACACUUCAGGUUCCUCUUACUAUGAUAAUGUCCGGCCUCUGGCCUAUCCUGAUUCUGAUGCUGUGCUCAUCUGCUUCGACAUUAGCCGACCAGAAACACUGGACAGUGUUCUCAAGAAGUGGCAAGGAGAGACUCAAGAGUUUUGCCCCAAUGCCAAGGUUGUGCUGGUUGGCUGUAAACUGGACAUGCGGACUGACCUGGCCACACUGAGGGAGCUGUCCAAGCAGAGGCUUAUCCCUGUUACACAUGAGCAGGGCACUGUGCUGGCCAAGCAGGUGGGGGCUGUGUCCUACGUUGAGUGCUCCUCCAGGUCCUCUGAGCGCAGCGUCAGGGAUGUCUUCCAUGUGGCCACAGUGGCCUCCCUUGGCCGUGGCCAUAGGCAGCUGCGCCGAACUGACUCACGCCGGGGAAUGCAGCGAUCCACUCAGCUGUCAGGACGGCCAGACCGGGGGAAUGAGGGCGAGAUACACAAGGAUCGAGCCAAGAGCUGCAACCUCAUGUGAGGGGCUAGGAGAGGGCAGAGUGUGAAGAGGGGUGGUGAGGGACACAAUUGUUCCCCUGCCUGUGCCCAGGCUUUCUGACCUCCUGAGCCUGGCUGGGAAGUCAGGGCAGGCAGAGCAAGCAAUUCUUCUGGGUAGGAGAGCUGGAGGGCAGAAGGGUAUCAUCAUUUCUCAUCUCCUCCUCCCUCCUCUUCUCCAGUGGAUAUUGAGGGAGCUAACAGGGCUAGCAUCUGGGGCAUGAACUGAGAUGGGGCAGGUGGGGAUUAGGGAAGCUGGUAUCAAAUAGUGACCUUGGUGGAGUCUCCUAUGUGAAGAGUACCCUCCCUCUCCACCCCCAGUCCCCAUAUCCUGGUUCUGGCCCAAGGAAAGUGUACAUUCUACAACCUUCUCUUUUCCUCUCCUCUCACUUCUGCAGCUAUUCUCACACACCUAACCUCUAGGCAACAUGCACUAAAUUCAAAAGCAAGGGGAAGCCCUUCCUCCACCAUCAGUCCACCAGCCCUAGAACCUCCCUUGCCUCUACAGUCACCCAAUAAAGCCCAAGUCCAUGGAAAACG